UUUUACGAAUUGCUUUAAGCCUUCCCAAGUGCCCUGCAUUGGACAGGUGGAAUUGUCCGUCUAGUCUAGCUACAACAGGUCAUCAGGAAUGGUUUAGAGUCCUAUAAAAGGGCUCAAUGGUUGACUAUGAAAGUUGCUUCCACACUUGUUCUGCUAACGCUUUUCUCUUUCAUUUCAUUUGGAUCGAUGUACGAGUUGAUCAUCGACUCGUUCGAUCCAGAGCCCAACAUAGACAAAGACUACCUCAUCCUGUACACUGUACGUGUGACCCGCAAACAACGCAAUGUGUACGUAAUAUCCGGUUCGUUUGAAGUGACGCAAAACUGGGGCAAUCAAAUGCAGGUCUUGUAUACGAUAUCGGCAGCCAACAAACUUGGACCUCCGAUAAUGAUGGGCAAUAGUGGGUUCUGUGAUUUCUACAACAGCAAGAACGAAGUGAUGCAAAAAGUUCGGGAAAACGCCAAGAUGCCACCGGACUGCCCUUUGGCCAAAGGGGUUUAUCAUAUCAAAGACUUCGAGUUGAACGAGAAAAUGCUACCACCGAUGGUGCCCCAGGGUCAGUAUAAAGCAUAUGUCAAGAUGAAUAGUCCGGACGGUAAGCACGUGGGGGCCUACACAGUGCAAGCAACCGUUACGUAGUAGUUAUAUUAGGUAUAUUUAGAACAGUUAUGAUGUAAAUUAAUAAAAUCCAGUCAACUAAAAAAAAGUCGUACUAUUUUCUGUAACCAGAGCAGUGGUCAAGAUAAAAU